CGGGCGAUGGCGAUGGCGAUGGCGCGUGCGAGCCUUCUUCCCUCUUCUUCUCUGCUCUUCCCUUUCCAUCUCGCUCUCCACCAACCCUAUAGGGUUCCCAAACUAGGGUUUCUUCCCCAUCCCCCUUGUCGGCUCGAAAUCGCCAACUCCCCCAGUUCGUCGAUGGAUCCAAUGCUUUGUUCUCGCAGGGGUUUCUUCGGAACGACUCGUGGGAAUGGUUCUCGGAAUUUUUACCAUCCUGCUCAUGUAAUGAAAUUUUCUUUCAAGGCCUUGGAAGAUGACAUGGAUUCUGAUGUACUGAUUUUUCUGAUGGAUCGAGACUCAAAUAUUGAAUUAACAAUCGUACAUCUUAGCUUUGGAGACCACUUGUGGACACUGAUUGAACUGUUGGAAGCUCUAGGAAGACUUGGCUGGGAUGUGAUCAAGGGAACUGUGACAAGUGAGGAGGCUUCUAGUUUACAAACAAAAGUUUUAAUUGCACAACCGAAUCACAUUAAUCAACAACUUCAAGGGCACAAAGUUGAGGAUCAUGAUGUGUUAGAAGAAACUGGAUGGUUCAUUUACAACUCCCUUCUCCAGUAUCAUCCAGAGUUUAUUCAUAUCAUGGAGGAGUUGGAUUUGGGUGAGGAUGUUACAGUAGAAUAUCCAAGAAAGAAGCUUGGUGCUGAUGUAAGUGUACAUGUUAAAGAUGAUGGACCAAGGAGAAGCUUGCUGACAAUAGAGACUGCUGUUCACCCUGGAUUGCUGCUGGGCAUCAUCAAGAAUUUGUUUCGUCUAAAUGUUAACGUGGAAUUGGCUGAGUUUUACAACUACGAAUCAGUCGCCAAGGGUAAAUUCCAUGUCAGCUGCAAUGGUGCAGCACUGGACGACUUUCAGACUCUGGACCUGAUCCACUCUUUGGAAAGCCUUCUUUAAGACGGCCACAUACUCCGUCAAUGUACAGAACUGACAGUUGCCACGGGUCUUCUUUCCACCACUUCAUCGGGUUGAGCACGUGCCAGCUUCCGUUCCCUACUCACCCUUCUUGUGUUUCGCCUGUUUCCUGGGGCUGAUAGAAUCUAGGUUUGUUGUUUGAAUGCGUGAUUUCAAAACAAACUCCAGAUCUUUCAUUUCUUUCUCAUGGGUGUACUUCUAAAUUUCUCUGAGGUUCUUGAGUGUGCGCUAUCAUCAUUCCGGGGCAUCAAGUUACCUCUGCAGAGGAGUUUAGUGUACCAAGUGCAAGCAAUCAACUUUAUCGCUUCAUCAUUGUAAUCAUACAAGAUGGAAACUA